AUGGCAAGAAUCUCAGUUUGCCCUGCAACCAAUUGCUAUACUCCUGCACUGUCAGGAGAAGGGAGACGAUGCAAAUACACCGGUCAAUCAGUGAGAGCGCUGCCUACACGAAUUAUAACAGUGGGGAAGAAGAGAUCAGCUGGGGUACAAUUAUUAGUGGAAGAAUACACUGACAAGCUCAAAAACUAUUGCUCUGUUCAUGAUGUUCAUAUUCGGUCCAACCCCAGAGAUGCUCGUGAUGAGAAGGCUCAGGUUAAUGAUGACGACAAUGCAGUGAUGAACCUUAUCAGGUCUGAUGAUUGGGUUGUAAUGUUGGAUGAGCGGGGCCGGGACAUUGGUUCCGAGCAGAUGGCUGAAUUGAUUGGGGAUGCAGGAAAUACGGGAGCUUCAAGGUUAUCAAUCUGCAUUGGUGGACCAUAUGGUCAUGGGAAACAAAUGCGAAAGCGUGCUAAUGCAUCAAUUAGAUUGUCCUCCAUGGUUUUGAAUCACCAGAUUGCAUUGCUUGUGCUUGUUGAACGGCUAUACAGGUAA